AAAUGUUAAUUAUUUGCCAAGAUGGCGGCUACCUACUCGCAGUUUUCCCCGAGUCCAACGCCAACUGUAAAUGUGUGUGUUGAAGCUGUCCUCGAGAGUCAGAUUCAGGAAGUUAGGGUAGUAGAAAAAGCAGACGCACCUGAAGGCCAUGAAUUACAAGAAGUUUAUGCCCCGCCAUUGUCAAUGUCAGAGAAUCUGACAAAGUUGGCACAGAAAAUUGACUUCUACAAAGAUGAAAGUGAGGAGAAAGGAAAACCUACAUCUGAAGGAGAAAAAGAGGAGGAGGAGAAAACAGCGGCUUCCUUCCAGCCCUCACUGUGGCCCUGGGACUCUGUCAGAACCAAACUCAGAACGUCUUUGACAGAGAUGAGUGUUCUGCUUGAUAUAUUGAAUGUAUCCUCCAGCAAAGACAAGCGAUACAUGGUGCUGGAUCCAGUACAACAGAAUCCUCCCGAUUCUAAGUUACCGAUACAACUUGCGUCAAAACGUAGGGGCCUCCAGUCAGCAGCAAGUGUUCUGCAAUCUGGUGCAGAAAGGUUACGAAAAUCACAAGCUGAAGUGAACAGCAAAAAUGACUUCCAUUUAGAACUUUUGAAUGUCAGACAAAGUUGGAGACUUAAGAAGACAGGGACCUCUAUCCUGGGGGAUCUUAGUUAUAGAUCAGUUGGAUCGAGGUUCAUGCAUAAUGGAUUGUUUGAGGUGGUGAAGAGCUCGGAUCUGACCGGGGAUGGAGACUUCCUGGCCCAGCGGGGGAGUCUAGAUGUUGUAGUCCCCACAGAAUUAGAGGGAGCUGCUUACAUACAGGUGGAGGUGAAAUCUGUCCCAGAUACAACAGAUUUGACCAGUGCAAUACUAAGAAUACCAUCAGGAAUUGGUCCAGUACGAAGUGAAACUUACUGGCAACAGAAACUAGAGAAAGCACAAAAUGUCCUCUUCUGUAAAGAGAUAUUUGCACAGCUGGCCAGAGAGGCAGUUCAGUGCAAGUCCUCUGUCCCUCACUUGGUGGUCGGGAACCAGAUUAUCACAAACGUUUUUCCUGGUAUACAACUAUCUAUUGUCUUAUGUCACUCAACAGGGAAAGAAAAGGAGAAAAAGGCUCUCCAGUAUAAGAUGGACCACAAUCAUGUCUUAGAACACUCCCUCCAUCAACUGCUGAGGGAAAACCACUUCAAGAAUGUCAACCUCCCAGCCCCACACCCAGUAACUGCCCUGGUGGGGCUGACCAAGCGACGUAGACUGGCCGGACCUAAUGCCCUCAGUCGGAAACAGUUGAUGGAAAUGUCUGAGAGUGAGAGCAUGCUGGAUCAAAUUAUCAAACAGACCAAGCAUAAUGUGUUACGAUUAAGGACAAUGCAGACCAUUGACGGGUUUGCUGCCAGUCUGACUGAUCCACAGCUGACAGUUCACUGGAGUUGUUGUAACAGCAGUGUAGAGGCCAGCUGUAGGGUCAUCAUUACAUCUCAAGGUUACGACCUCAGGGUGUGGCACAGCUUUGUGGUAAUCAUUGGUGUGGACAGUCUGAAGGUGAUCAUAAAGGAAGGAAGGGUUUUCUUUCUCUCAUUUGAGGAAAGGGAACUACAGGAUUUCAUCAUGUGGCAGGUAUCCCAGCACCAGAUCUCCGUUUCCCAGAACCUGGCCCGCCUCAUGGGCUGGCAGAUCAUGAGUACCAGUACCGCCAUGGGCGUGUCUGACCUGGAGUCUUCAGGGACGGCCUCCUCACUCAUUCUAGCUGCUCCAAACAAAGAGAGGAUCCUUGCCAUAAAAAGUGGGCCUUCCUGUGGAGUUAAAGUGUUUCUUCAGAUGUCACAAAAAGACAAUAAAAACCGAGUGAUUCUUCCUGACAGUAAAUGGCAAAGUGUUGGGGCAGACUUUCAGCAAGUUGAUCUCUCCAAAAUUGAGGGCAGGAACUUUGCCUCCAAAUUAGAACUGUUAUUAGCCACUUUGACUCAUGAUUCUUCAGCAAGCUCAUGAAAUAAAACUCAUUUUAAACUUC